UAUUUCAAAACAAACACUAUUUAAUUUUUGCAGGAUUUUUUUUUGAUUAGUAGUAUAUUUAUCUUUUUUUCCGGCACUAUUAUCUUUUUCUAUUUAUUAAAUAGAUUUAAAUGUUUAAUUAACUUAUUUUUAGUAUUUAAUUAAAAAAUGGGCAAGGAUCGCAAAAUUAUUGAGCACGAAGGAGAAGGUCAAUGGCAUAAAUCACAUAUAAUUGAAGAAGACGAAGUGCCAGAUGUUGUUAAAAAUAAAAUGCUUCCAAAACUCAACCUUAUACCUGAAAUUCAACUUGAUGUUUUAAAAUAUUUGGAUUUCACCCAAUUAGUAUCUGUUCAACAAACAAAUGUUUAUUUCAAAAAUUUUAUUUAUGAACAUGGGAAAGUAUUGGCAAAGAAGAAAUUAUUUGGGCUUGAAAUUGUAAGUUGUCUAUAAAAAUUGAUUC